AUGAAUCUUCUCCGAUUUGCAGCCCACGGCGCGCCUAAGUCGCUGCUACUGAAGAACUCCUACCGAUGCGCUUCCUAUAACUCCGCAAUCCACAGAGGCGUCGACAGAGAAGCCAGAGCGGAAUCGACGUUCGACCGUGGCAGCAGAGAUUCUUCGUCGAGACCACCAUACACUCCUCGGGAGGGUUCCUCAAGACCACCAUACACUCCUCGGGAGGGUUCCUCAAGACCACCAUACACUCCUCGGGAGGGUUCCUCAAGACCACCGUAUACUCCUCGGGAGGGGGAGCGUCCCACUGCUCGCCGCGACGAUCGCUACGCAGCCCCAGCCCGAGAUUACGUCAGUACUCCCCGCCGAACGAUCCAGAAAGUCAACCAAGAUUCAGAGUGGAUCUACGGCACCAGUGUGGUCGAGGCUGCGCUGAAGUCCAACCGGCGGCAACUUUUCCGUCUGUACAUCCACUCAGGCGAAAACCGGACCGCCACUUCCCGUGAGCGCGAUAUCAAACUGAAGAACCUUGCUCGCGGCCUCAAGAUCGAUGUGCGCGAGGUGGAAGACAGCAGCAUCCUCGACAGUAUGAGCAACAGCCGCCCUCACAAUGGCUACGUCCUUGAAGCGUCAAAACUCCUGAAGACGCCUAUUAUCUCGCUGUCGAACGUCUCAUUCGACAGGACUGCCUUUGGCCUGCAGAUCUCACAGCACGACUUCACUGAGAGCGGUAUCAUCCUCAAUGAGCUACCGCAAACCAUCCCGAACCGUGAUCCCACCCGCUACCCUCUCGUCCUCAUGCUCGACGAAAUCCUUGACCCUGGUAACCUUGGGGCAAUCCUCAGAUCUGCCUAUUUCAUGGGUUGCUCGGCACUUAUGGUAGCGGAGAGGAACUGUGCACCGCUCUCCCCUACUUGCCUCAAGUCCUCGGCCGGCGCUUCAGAGUACAUGCCGAUUCUUACGCAAAUCAACCCUGCGAGACUCAUCGAGGCAUCGAAAGAGGCUGGCUGGAAAUUCUUCGGCGCCGCUCCCCGCCCGAAGUAUGCCAGCAGCAGGUACAUCGGAAUGGACCACAACGUGGUAAAGGAGGCGCUGAAGACCAGCCCCGUCGUCUUGUUGAUGGGUGGUGAGGCUGAGGGCAUCAGGGAGAGCAUCAAGAAGCUGUGUGACAAGUGCGUUAGCAUCACGGCCGCUGAGGAUGUGGACCGGGGAAUCGACAGUUUAAACGUUAGUGUUGCCGCGGGUGUGCUUAUGCAGGCUUUCUUGGGUGGUAGGAAGGCUAUCCCUGUUUUGGAGGCGGGCAUGGAGGAUGUGGUUGAGGAUGUCAAGGCGGAGAGUGGAAUUGCCGCUGCGGAGGAGGAUGUCACUGCGGAGGAGGAUGUCGCUACGGAGGAGGAUGUCGUUGCGGAUGAAGCUGCUGUCGACGAGACGGUGGAGUUAGAGUCCACAGAAGAGCUGACGGAGACUUCCGACGAGCCUGCAAAAUCACACAUGUAA